AUGAACGACACAUCAGGUCUCACGGAACUAGACCUUUGGACACCAAACUUAUACAGUGAGUUUUACGACCAUUAUUGUUGCUUUUACGGGCAGAGGGAACUUGUGGACAACGAACACAAGUUCUCUUCAGAGCUAACGGCUUCCAAAGCCUGUUGAGGAUCAGUAUCUCAGGGAAAUAAUGAGCACCAUGUCGCUGUGCCAAUGCUGAAAUGAAGAGUAUUUGUUCUUGCCGCAACACAAUUCAUUUUCUUGGCGGCGAUGCAAUUUCACAAUGUGCUCAUUUGUCGCCAUGCAACAAGUCAAAGGCUUAGCUCAUAAAAAUUGCACGAAAAUCUUUUUUUAUAAUUUCAAAAAUCGCCGUUUCGCUGUCUUUCUAGAGGUGGCAAUCGGACCCUGACCGAGCCAGCCUUGCCACCUCUAUGUCUCUCUAACUUUAUCUCAACUUUUUGACAAAAUUUUUUUUUACAGAUAUCCACACCUACGCCUCCACAUCAAUAUGUGCUCUUGGAAUCAUGUUGAACGUCAUCUUUCUCCAUUGCAUCACAACGGCGGAUUUUGAGCAAUCCGUUGGAAUGAAGGUUCCUCUCACAAUAAAAUGCAUUCUUGAUCUCGUGUGUGCUGGCAGCAGAUUUUUCUUGGAGCAGGUAAAAAUUCAGGAAAUAAAAGAUUAAAAAAUUUUUUUGAGUGAAUAUCUGUUUACCAUACACAUCGUAUUUUACAAAUUUCAGACGACAAUAGUGCACGCCGGAUAUUAUUUACAAGUCAACGACGGGUUCUCGAUGAUUGGAGAGACCGGAACCUUCUCCAUGACUUAUUUGUUAAAUUUGUUCCAAGAUUUGAGCCUCGGAUUCACGGUAGUGCUCUAUGCAAUCCGAGUGAAUACAACUAAAAUGUAAGCUGAUGUCCCCCGUACGCGGAAUUUCCAGGUCGUGCCCUGCCUAUAUCCUAAAAUUAUAUUUAGGUUCAAAAUCGAGGCCCUUCUGUUUGACAUCCUAAAAAACAUGUUAGUUAAUCGAUAUGGCCAUAAAAAUAAAACAAAUUGGAGAGAAAAAAACGGAGAUUUUUUUAGGCCAAGAAUUGUUAGGCUACACCCAAAUAUUUUCGCGUCAGGAUCAAUGAAAAAAGUUGCAUUUUUUGUCACCCUGUAAUCUUUCAGGGCCGGUGCUUCCAACCCUCUGCAUUACCUCGUUUACUCAUUAUUCUACUUACUUCUCCUCAUACUCACAGUGUUGCAUGUCUACUGGUUUACUUUCAACAUCAAAACGCAGCAUUUGUCUUCAAAUUUGACCAUUUUCGACGAAUUGUUUGAAUAUGGAUGUUAUUUCAAUCAUUCCUACAUUAACUACCAGAAAAGCGAUAUUUUCCAGUUUGAUAACUUGCUGUUCUACAAUUUCAUGCUAUUUGUUUUUGUGAUUUUAUUGACUUUCUUGUGCCUUCGACGGAUUUCUGGCAAUAUGGACAAACUGAAGUUGUUACUGGAUAAGGAUUUAUUGAAGAUGCAUGAAGAAGUAAACUACUCGGUUAAUUUGGCGGUAAGUGUAAAUAACCAAAAUUUAUCACAUUUGAGCAUUGUAAAAAUGCAACCAGUCAAAAAAUUUUACAAUUUUUCUAUUUCAGACCGCGAUUUACACACUGAUAUUUGGUUGUAAUUUGCUGGUUUACCUCUACACUGCCGUCAACCUGAAUCGCUUUUCCCCCACACAAUUUGCCCCCUCAAUUUUGUACGCCCUGCUUCCGUGUAUAAUGCCUUUGGUGGUGAUGAGUGUGUGCACCGUGUACCGGCGAUUACUCCUCGGAAUGUUCAGCUGUGAUCAUAAGAAGAGCCUUUUCUGGCCGCAGAAACAACGGGUUACCCGGGUCUACUCGAUUCAGGAUUCGAGUAUUGGCCCGAACAAAUUGGAUUGCUAUUCGAAAAAUGUGCAAUUGAGAAUUUGAAAUUUGAGAUUUUACGUUUUUCAUUGCUGAUUUUUAUGUAUAUAAUAAAAAUUUUGUGCUCUCUUGUUUUGAUGAAAUUUGGCAAAAAGCUGUACGGUAAAUUAUUAAAAUGUGAUGCUUGCAAUUGUUAGAUUCUCUUUAAAUGUUAGACAUCUUCUCUAGCACUUCACUCCCCUUGCUGAAAGCAAUUUACAUUUAUGAUACAUCCGGAUUUAUACGCACGUAUUUUACCAGCCCCUCCAAUCUCAUUGUUAAUUAUUUCCUUUCGCCCAACAAAACACGCAUCUUCAAGCAUGAUCUAUAAUAUAUUCCUUCAAAAAAAGUAAAAACCGAUAUCCUAUUGUCGGAAAGAGCCCUCCGGUAAGUACCACUCUUCGGUCGGAGCAAUUUCCGCUGGGCCGACAAAAGAGUUGUUGAGGAUGUGUAAAUCUCUCAUCGGUAAUUGCAGGAAACCCGUGCCAGAACCCCAGCGUCGUGCAUGCCCUAGAGAGUCCGAAACCGGAGUCUUAAGAGGGCCACUGGGAGAUCUGGAAUGGUUGUUGACAAUGGACAGUCUUGAGGGCAGUCUUGACUAAAGACGUUGGGGAGGACUGUGUAAUUUGUUUGCAAGGGUGGUGUUUGAAGCUCCGACUUUACAGAUUUACAAACUGUUAGUCACAGCUUGUACUUUGGCCACAAAUCAAUCCUUAAAAAUUUCAGCUCGCGUUUUAUGGGAAUUUUGCUUGGAUUUGCUUUUAUACCGACAAAAAAAAUAAAAAUCCACAACCCGAAAUUGUCUGACCGUUUCUCAUAGCAUUCUGUAGUCUCCCUUCUGAAAAGAUCGUUGAAUAUCUCUGCUGUUCCUGUAAGCCGUAAGCUAAAAUUUUCAGGAAUUAAUAUGCUCUCUAUACAGCUCAAGUAGUCAGAAAUUUCAAUAAAAUCUCCGUUUGCUGGAUAGAGUAAUUUCAGAUUUAAUUUUUCUCAUUCCUCAUACCGUUCUUCGUUUUUUAAAAGCUUCUGCAAAAUCCUCCUGCAGUUCAACUGCGCAUAUAAAGACCACAUUUUGUGCUAUAGUCUGCCCUCGCAUUUCCGUCCGAGUAUCCAUUUCCGUUGAACGCAGCGUCGGCGAACUGUCAUUUUCAGGCGCAUCGUCACUUACACCCGUCGCCACGUUCAAAGCCGCCUUCCCCGAAACCAUGGGUAAGUGGCAGUAUAAAUAAGCCAAAGUGCGUCAAUGCAAGGACGAAUUUUGCUCGAAAUUUCGGCCGAAUUUUUCGGGAUUUUUGAGAUCUUUUCGAUCUUUUUGCACUGUGCACUAUGCAUUUACUGUAACAAUAUGCUUAUUGUAAUGUAAAAUUAAUUAUUUGUGUGUAUUUCGAAUCGUCAAUCUCAGAUCGUCAUGUGACAAAAAUUAGAGAUAAUUUAGAUAUUUUCAUAAUUUUGAACAAUUUGAAGAAGUUUCAAAAAUUGCGAAUUUUACUUUUUUUAACUAUUUGAAUGUCUACGUUUCGUAAAAAUUUUUGAAUACAGUGUGAAUUCAGACUUCGAACUUUCAGAAAACUUUCAAAUCUUACAGAUUGCUUUUUGUUGUUGUUAUUGCACUUUAAUUCGCUGACAAAUGCCCACAAAGCCGAAGAAUUGUGUGCCAAUCAACACGAAUGCGGAGAGGAAUCUGUUCCGACAUAUCCCCUUGAAUUCGAAGCUCAUCGAGAACAUGAACAUGGGUUUGUCUUUUUGCACUGUGCAGUGAUUUUUGUGAGCACAAAACAAGGUGAUUCUAUACCAAAAAGUGGAACUUAAAUUUCAAGCACUUCACAACCAAACAUAGACCGAAAUUCUAGUUGUUGUAAAAUUUUUUUCCACAAAAACUUCUAAACACACUCAACUUCCCCGAAAAUAAGGUAAAUCUCGUAUAACUUUUGAUUUUAGCUCUCUUCCAAGAAGUGAAGGCCCGCCAAGAAGAGUUCAUGCAAGCCUUCAACGCCGGCGAUGCGCACAAGGCCGCCCAGGUCUACGACAAGGACGGUUACUUCAUGCCGAACGGGCAUUCCCCGGUGAAAGGGCGCGAAGGAAUCGAAAAAUAUUUCAAACAAGACAUGGCUGAUGGCGUCACCUCUGCUCAAGUAGGUCCUAUGGUAACUAUAGAACACUGCAGUGACUUGAUAGACAUUAAACAUACUUUAACUCUGACGUUUUGGCUAAAAAUUAUAUUACUCUAGAUCAUCACCGAAGAGGUGAACGGAAGCGGUGAUUGGGCCUUCGAACGCGGAAGCUAUCACCUGGACGGGAGUCGUGGGACCGAAUCCGGCGCCUAUCUCCAAAUCUGGAAGAAGAUUGACGGUGUUUGGUUCAUCCACAACGAUUGUUUCAACGUCAUCAAAGCCGCGGAAUAA